AUCCGAGCCAUGCUCACUCUCGCUCUCGCUCUGCAUUUCAAUGGAUUUUGCACACCCAAGCCAAGCUUCUGAAAAACCCUAUCUUUUUUUUUUUUUUGCUAUUCAAUAUCAAUAAAUUAAUACGUUUGGAAUUGGAUUGAGCAAUAACAAUCUUUCAAUUUCACGAAUCAGUGAGAUAAAUGGAGUCAGAUGAAGACGAUUUUGUUUUCUACGGAACGCCGAUAGAGCGUGAGGAUGAUUCAAUCAGUCGCAAGAAGAAGGCCAUUGCCGAGUCCUCCGGUCAGCUCCGAACUCUCCCCGCUUGGAAGCAAGAGGUUAGAGAUGAGGAAGGGCGGAGAAGAUUCCAUGGAGCGUUUACAGGAGGCUAUUCUGCGGGUUACUAUAAUACAGUGGGCUCAAAGGAAGGGUGGGCACCUCAGUCAUUUAAAUCAUCAAGGAAGAACAGGGCUGAAUUCAAAGAGCAGAACAUACUGAAUUUUCUAGAUGAAGAUGAGAAAACUGAAUUGGAAGGUCGUUUUUUGGGGACAACCUCACAGUUUGACACAUUUGGUUUCACAGCUGCUGAAAUUGCUCGCAAACAAGCUGAGAAGGAACAGAAACAGAGGCCAUCCAUAAUUCCUGGACCUGCUCCUGAUGAAAUAGUUGUUCCAGCCACUGAAUCUGUUGGGGUAAAACUGCUCUUGAAGAUGGGAUGGAGUCAUGGUCGCUCAAUCAAGGAUUCACAUUCUGAGGCACUGUAUGAUGCCAGAAGACAGGCCCGUAGAGCUUUCUUAGCAUUUUCUUCUGAUGAUCCAAAAGUGAAGAUUACUGAGACUGAACCCAUCGAGGGUGAUACUGAAAAUUUUCCUGAGGAACCUGUGAAUGACGAUGUUUGGUUUUCUAAGAGCACACCUGUUUACGUACUUAACCCAAAGCAAGACCUGCAUGGAUUAGGUUUUGAUCCUUAUAAGCAUGCUCCUGAGUUUAGAGAGAAAAAAAGAUCACGCUUAGCCAGCAAGGGGGGACCUGGCUUCUCCACUAGAGAUGGUCUUUUUGGUUUGAAGUCAGGAAAGGCUGCCCCCGGUUUUGGUAUUGGAGCUCUUGAGGAGCUUGAUGCAGAGGAUGAGGAUGUCUAUGCCACUGGUUACGAAUUUGAAGAUGCUUAUGUUCAAGAAGUUGAAGAACCUUUGACAUUGAGAUUAGAAAACCAGAGAAAAGAAGUUGAAGAACCUUCGACGCUGAGAUUAGAAAGCCAUAGAAAAAAAGAGCAGAAGGACCAGGGUGAUCUGCCUGGUUUUAGAGUUGCAUCCAAUUCUGACUAUAAAAUGGAAAGAUUUGAGGCUCCUCUGAUCCCUAAGGAUUUUGUGCCCCACCAUGAAUUUUCUGGACCUCUCGACAUUAACCGCAAGAGCUAUGAAGUCAAUCCACCAGAUGUUCCUCCUCCAGAGGAUGGAAAUUUAAAACUAUUAAUUGAGGGGGUUGCAAAUCUGGUAGCUAAAUGUGGUAAAUUAUAUGAGGAUUUAUCAAGAGAAAAGAAUCAAUCAAAUCCGUUGUUUAAUUUUCUUUCUGGAGGAACUGGCCAUGAAUAUUAUGCAAGGAAAUUGUGGGAGGCACAACAGAAACACAAUAAUCAGACUAGUCGGCAAUUGGAUAGAAAAAUGCCUCCCAGUGUGCAGAGGCUAACAGCUGAGAGUCGAGGCCAGAUCUUAGGGGAAAAACCUCUAGAAAAAAGCUCCCAAGAUCUAUCCUCGUCUGUUGCUUCUACAGAUAUUCAUCUCCAAUUUAAUCUUACUGAUACAUUUAUCGAGUCUGCAUCACUUAGUGAGUUAAUGAAUGUGGAAAAGCCUUUCAAAGAUGAUCCUGCAAAGCAAGAAAGAUUUGAGCAGUUUCUUAAGGAGAAAUAUAAAGGGGGAUUACGCUCUGCUAGUUCUAGUUUAGCUGGUGAUAUGUCAGAAGUUGCUCGUGCUCAAGAGAGACUAAGUUUUGAGGCUGCAGCUGAGGCAAUAGAAAAGGGACGACAGGUCAGGGGAAGCAAGCCUUUAAUUCCAUCUUCCGUGGAUUUUAUCCCAGGUGGUGUUAUGCAGUUUACUUCUGGUGAAGUAAAGCCCAAGAAAGAUCUGCAAGCUGAAGAUAUUUUGAAGAAGAAAAUGUACCCUAAGAGGGAAGAGUUUCAAUGGCGCCCUUCACCUCUUCUGUGCAAACGCUUUGAUCUUAUUGAUCCUUAUAUGGGGAAGCCACCACCUGCUCCACGGAUUAGGAGUAAGAUGGAUACCUUGAUUUUUACAUCAGAUUCGGUCAAAGGUGCCAAAGUGGACGAGCCUGUUACUUCAAAGAAAGACAUCUCACCUUUGCAGCUAUCUACUAAUAAAGACAUAACCAUAAGUAUUACUGAAAAUGAAAUGGAAGGGGACGUGGAAGUGGAAAAUAUUGAAAGGCCAGUUGACCUAUACAAGGCUAUUUUCUCCGAUGAUUCAGAUGAUGAAGGCCCUAGUAAUAGGAGAGUGGAGAAUCAAGAAAAGAAAGCUGAAGUAGCUAAUACAGCACUGAGCCGUUUGAUUGCUGGUGAUUUUCUGGAAUCAUUGGGCAAGGAACUAGGAAUUGAGGUUCCUCCUGAUAUGCCUUACGCUAUGCAAAAGUCCAGGAAUGUUGCACCUCAGAAAGACAUCUUUAAUGAAGAUGCAAGAACCGAUAUCCUGAAGAGUGAAAACAACGGUGUGAUGUCCUUAAAUCAUGAUUUGCCAAAUGAUCAGCAGCACAUUGCUCAUGAGGGUGGGCCAUCAAAAGGUGAUGACACCAUUGAUGGAAAUAUGCUUGAGAGCAGUAUUAACAAAACCAAGGGAACCAGCAGCCAAGACAAUGACAGCUGUUCAGAAGAAAGGAGCAAAAAGCAAUCUAAUAGGGAAAAAUACAAUGAGUACAGGAAAGAUAAAACCCCUGUAACACACGGCUGGGAUUAUAGCAGCAGUUCUAAGUUAGAAGAGGAAAGGAGCAGAAAAUGUUCCAGACAUCAUCGGCAUAAGAAGCGCCAUGCAGGAAGUCAUUCAUCUAGUGACGAUGACAGAAGAGAUAGACACAGUUCAAGGUCAAAAGGGAGAAGGAAAGGUUCUUCCCAAGAAAAAAGCAGGAGUGAAAAACACUCAAAACAUCACAAGCACAGAAAGCAUGAAUCUCCAAAUAGAUCCUCUCGUUAUAGCAAAGAGAAAGACAAUUCACAUUCCAGAAAAGAGAAAAGGCGGGGAGAAUGAGCGAGAGACUUGUUUCCUUUGAUUUUGAGAAUUUUUUGGAAUUAUGUUGGGGGAUUGCUGUUGUAUUAAAAGAUGUUAGUAGGUUUUGGGUUUGUGAUACUGAGGUGCAUCCUAUGGAUUUCAUUUGCUCCGAUCGAAACUCAAGCCUCUUGCAUAGGUUUUCUUCACUGGUUUGAAGUGACGCUGCUUAAUUCAAUCCUUUCUUGGCCGUAAAGAAAUGGAAUAGGCAUACCUAGCAAAAUUGCUGGUACACCCAACAAUUUUAUGAACCUGGGAUUUUUAAGUUAUUAGCAUGAUGUUCUAACCAAUUAAAUUAAUAGUUUAAUUAUGUUGUAAAAUAAAUAAUAUUGUUAUAUAUAAUAUUAAAAUUUCUAAUGUA